AUAAUAACCCAAUGAGUGUAACCAGUCUAGUCAUCAAGAACUCUAACUCCAAUUCAACAAGAUGGAGCAUGGUUAUGGGCAUGGAUUAAUCCCAAAGCUCGACAGAACAGAAUCUGGCCAUGUUGAAAAUCUUGAAAGUUUCUCUCACUAUGUUGCUAGGCAACUGGGAUUUCCAGAUCCAAAUGAGUGUCCACAGCUAUGCAAAUUGGCUCAUGAUUAUUUGAGGAAUCCCAAGAAUUGUGAGCAUAACUUCUAUGAGUUUUUUGCUAAUAAAGCUGAGGCUGAGUCUUUGUAUGUGAAGCUUAUAGAAGAGUUUGAAAGAUGCAUCCUCAGUUACUUUGCUUUCCACUGGUCUCAGGCUUCUCGUUUGAUCACUCAGGUGAUCGAUGAUGAUGAAUCAGAGAAGAAGCCAAAGCUGAAACACUUAAUAUUGGCAGCUACUAGGAAACAAAGAUUUGAUAGGGUGACCAAGGACUUAAAGUUGACAAGGGUCUUCUCUACGCUGGUGGAGGAGAUGAAGGCAAUCAGCAUGGAUGAUUCAUCACAUACUUCAGAUUUGAUGGUACCGGUGGCCCUCGGUGAGAGAAGUCCGGUGCUUCUCCUCAUGGGUGGUGGUAUGGGUGGUGGCAAGAGCACUGUUGUCACAAACAUUCUCAAAGAGUUAUUCUGGUCAGGAGUAGAACCGGUAGUAGUAGAAGCUGAUGCAUUUAAAGAAUCAGAUGUUAUUUAUAGAGCCAUAAGCGCCAUGGGAUAUGAAGAUGACAUGCUUCAAACAGCUGAACUGGUGCACCAAUCAUCAACUGAUGCUGCAUCAUCUCUGCUAGUAACUGCGUUGAACGAGGGUAGAGAUGUGAUCAUGGAUGGUACACUCUCGUGGGAGCCUUUUGUUGAGCAGACAAUUGCAAUGGCACGUAACGUGCACAAGUACAGGUAUCGAAUGGGGGUUGGAUACAAGGUGGCUAAAGAUGGAACCAUUACUGAAAAAUACUGGGAAAGAGAGGAAGAUGAUGAAAUUCAGGAAAGGAAACCAUACAAGAUAGAGAUGGUUGGAGUUGUCUGUGAUGCUUAUCUUGCUGUUGUUAGAGGCAUCAGGAGAGCUAUAAUAACCAGAAGAGCUGUGAGGGUUAGUUCACAGUUGAAGUCUCACCAGAGAUUUGCAGCUGCAUUUCCAAGAUACUGCCAACUUGUUGACAAUGUCAGGCUAUACUGCACCAAUGCAGCAGGAGGACCACCUCUGCUGAUAGCAAGGAAAGAUGGAGGUGGCAAGUUGCUAAUUGAUCCGGAAGAAAUAAAAUGCUUGACAAAUGCGAGCAGUUUGAAUUCUGAGGCAGAUUCUAUCUACGAGCUUUACUCAGAUCCUAGCCCAAUGUAUGAAUCCGGCACAGUUUGGAAAGAGACCAUCUUAGCCCCUUACAGGGCUGCCCUGCAAUUAGAGCUCAAAAUGACAAUUGGAAACGAUUGAAAAUCAGCCACCAACACGCAAUUAUAAUAGCUUUAACUCUUUGUGAGCUGUUUGUGUAUUUGGUUUUUCAAUCGAAGAAGCUUACAUGUGGUUAUUAUUUAUUGUUAUUAGGAAGCUAAUAAUUUCAUUCAAAUAUAUAUAUUUUUUGAAAUGGGAUCGAUUAUUAAGAGAGUAAAAUUCGAUACUUU